UUCGGGAUGUGGGCGAUGUUUUCCGCCCCACUCUACAUAUCCGCCGAUCUGAGGACCAUGAGACCACAGGCCAAGUCCAUUCUACAGAACAAGGGCGUCAUUGCCAUCAACCAGGACCCACUCGUAAAGGGAGCUAAUAUGAUAAAAGAGAUUCAAAACGUGCAGGUCUGGCUGAAACCUUUGGUGAAACCCGGAAGUUAUGCAGUAGCUUUCUUCAACCCGAACUCAGAUGGAACACCAACACGCAUGUCCCUGACCCUAGCGGACAUCACAUUGACCAAUCAGAAUGGCUAUAACAUUACUAACGUUUUUGAUGACGUCAGUAUGGGCAUGUACAAGCCGAGCGGUCAGUUCAAUGUGACUGUCAACCCUACGGGAAUUGUGCUGGUCAAAGCUAUGCCUCUUUGAUAUGCCUAACAAAAGGCCAUAUGUUUAAAGGUCAUUUGUUCAUAAAUAAUGACUGAGUGCAACAUGAAGAUGUGGAAUGUUUGGUUACCUUUUCCAAUUUGAUAAAACCUUGUAAUUUGAAAUGGUAAACAUUAGGGUUCAAAAUAUACACCCUAUACUAUCAACUUUCUGUCGUGAUCGACUGGUAACAGCAGAGUGGUUAAGUGUAGCCCAUUCAUCUGUUGUCGAGAAUUGCGACUUGCGACCUACCUCGAUGCUGCAACCAUAAACAUUCUCCGUCUGAAUAUUGUAUGUGUCAAGGAUUGUUUUUUGUAGUGUAAACAAAUAAAUCAAACAUUUAAACAGA